AAUUUUAAUAUUUAAUUGGUCUUCAUUUACUUCGAACUAAUGAAGUCACUGAAAAGACAAGUGCGAAGAAAAUAUUUUUGACGUUCAUUUCAUUUAAUUUGCAAUUGGUUUGAAAUUGGUCAGUUUAGUUGCGGAUCGGUGACUUUUCAUUGAUGUGUUUUCAUCAUUUUUUCUACCUCAUCAGAUGGAACAUAUUGCGUUCACCUUAAACUAUUUUUGCAGACAGAAGACCGCAUUAUUUCAACAAUUUAACCUAUUUUAUUUUGUAUUUUCAUAUGAAGUUAUUAAUCCGUAGACGUAGUCAAAAAACAAAUAAACGAACGACUCAUCGUAGUCUAGAUUAGUGUACUUGAGAGCUUCGAAAACCAUCGCAAGGGCGCUUGUACGACUCUUAAAAAAUCAGGCCAACUACAAUAGAAUCUUGAGUGUUGAUUUUCAAAAACAUCAACCACUUUAGCUCUCUGAAAACAUUUAAAUUGAAAAAAAAAAAUACGACAACACUUCACUUCGAUGAAUUAAUAUGAAAAAUACAUUGUCGGCUGACAACACCUAGCAGUUUUGUUCAUUUUUGACCAAAAAUCAGUAUUUCUGCGUCUUCAAUUAGCUCACAAAAGUCAAAAGUCAAUGAUGAAUGUGGUCAGUUCCACUUUGAUAACUACAUUUUUAAUAGAAUUCACGGCUUCAUCUGCUGUGAGAUUGGAAUUACCAAAAGACAAAACACCUGGGCUAUUUGCAGACGAAGGCGAAUGUCAGAGAAUAGACAUCGAUCAAUGUAAAGGCCUCGGAUAUAAUAUGACUCGAAUGCCAAAUCGGUUUGGUCACGAAAGACAGAUGGAAGCCAAAAUGCAUUUAGAGCAAUUUUCUCCGUUGAUCCAAUACGAAUGUUCCAAGAAUCUUCUUAUUUUUCUAUGUUCUGUCCAUGUUCCUUUGUGCGACUCAAGAAGCGAAUAUGCCAUUGGGCCUUGUGAACUUAUGUGUCGUUCCGUGAUGGAAGAUUGCUCACAGAUUAUCAAUUCGUUUGGGUAUGAAUGGCCCGCAUUUUUCAACUGUUCUGAUUUUCCGAAAGAAAACACGCCUGAAAUGAUGUGCAUGCCCGGCGAUUUGCCGACUGAGCCUCCCACAGUCAUUGCAGAAGAUAAAAUACAUUGCAAUUACCCAGAGAUACGUGUUGAUGACCGAUGCGCAUGGAAGUGUGGUUAUAAUCAAGGUGUUUUUUCUCCUGAUGAUAAAGAUUUCGCCGAUGUAUGGAUGUCAGUUUGGGCAGGACUUUGUUUCCUCAACACCAUCUUUACAGUUCUGACUUUCAUGAUCGAUUCAAGACGAUUCAGAUAUCCAGAAAGACCAAUAAUAUUUCUCAGUAUAUGCUACAGUUUCUACAGUAUCGCCUAUAUUAUACGACUGGUAGUUGGAAGAGAAAUUAUUUCAUGCGCAAAAAGUCCUGAUGGGGAUAUGUACGUUAUACAGGAGGGUCUCGCCAACACCGGCUGUGCUAUCGUGUUUCUGCUACUAUAUUUCUUUGGAAUGGCAAGUUCAUUAUGGUGGGUGAUCCUAACAAUGACUUGGUUUCUGGCAGCAGGAAUGAAAUGGUCUCAUGAAGCAAUAGAGAUGCAUAGUUCUUACUACCACUUGGUGGCGUGGUCCAUACCAGCAGUUAAAACGAUCAUAAUCCUGGUAAUGCGACAGGUUGACGGAGAUGAACUCACGGGACUCUGCUACGUUGGGAACCAGAAUACAGAUGCAUUGACGGGUUUUGUGCUUGCUCCCUUGUUCACGUAUCUGGUUAUUGGCACUUCGUUUCUUCUGGCAGGAUUCGUCAGUCUUUUCCGAAUAAAGAAAUUCAUGAAACAAGAAGGAAGUAAAACGGAUAAACUGGAACAGUUAAUGGUGAAAAUCGGUCUGUUCUCUGUAUUAUACACGGUACCAGCUUCAGUAGUCAUUGGAUGUUAUUUCUACGAACAUUCACAGGGAAGCUCUGGUGCAAUAGUGAUCCAUCCUAAUCCAGCCGUUUACAUGUUGAAGAUACUCAUGCAAUUGAUCAUUGGAGUUUUCACAGGUUGCUGGGUGUGGUCUCGUAAGACUGUUGUUUCUUGGCAGAAUUGUACUCGAUCAAUUCUACAAUGCGCCAAACCUCAUUCAAGUACGGCAUACAAAAAUGGCUCAGUAUCUUCAAAACAUUCCGGGGCAAACCCCACACAGCAUAAAAAGCUUUUAACUUCGUCCAGCAGCGGCCCAGGAUCGUUAACCUCAAGCGCGGGUGACUCGCCUCACCGUAAAAACAACAUUACAAGUAACUAUAACACGCAUGAUAGUUUUAAUAAUCGAGGAAGAAAUGUUGUGCUCCAAAACCGUACACAAUCGUCUCACAAACAUCAUAAACAUGGCAAUGAAAUAAGUUCGUUUCCAGCUGGCUCUGGAAAUGGAGGAGAAACAACUGUAUGACCGCAUCAAACUAAUGUGAAAAUGUCAUUGGACAUUUGACGCCAAGUUUAAGGGUGUGUGUUGAACCAUGGCUUUUGUUAAGAAACAGACUGAAAAAUUGGGGUUAACGUGGGUGAAAAACAUGCGAUUCGAUGUAUCAAUAGCGCCAACUUGCGCUGAAAUAGCUCACAAAUUAUUGUUGAUCUUCCACAAAAUUCUCAAAAAAUUAUUAUAUAUCGUAAAUACAAUCUAAAUUUUUAAUAUCGAAUCGGAUUUUAGUCAAACAGCUUGGCAUGAUAAAAUAUAGGAAUGAGUUGAUUUCUGACUCAAAUACGAACUCAAAAUCGACUCUUUUGUAGGAACAGUAUUUUUAUUUCAUUUUUUUGAUUCCUGGUAAUAUUUGUUCUCUUACAUUUCUUGCCUUUCUAUGUAAAAAUUCUCUUUUUGUUAUUAAACUUCACUUCUUCAUCUUUUUACAUUAACUAUGAAAUUAAUUCUUCAAUCUCGUUUUAGAGUAUGGUAUAAAUUUAUUGUUGAAUAACAAUUUCUGGAUUUUAUUUGCACGUUUAUUUCAUUCUAGUAAACGCAAUAGAUUAUGAAAUUUCCGAAUUAAGUGUAGUUGGUAGUACUGUACAAUCAUUGUCGUAAAUAAGGUAUGCCAAAUAAUAGUUUAUUUGAAUUUUCUUAACAGAUUAGCAAAAUGGGGAAAAUGAAAUGAGUAAUUGUACUGUUUGGUUUCUAAAUUUCUGUUAGUUUUUCAAUGACGAGCUUCUCUUCUCUAAUAUAGAUCACAGUAGCCUAAAUGGUCUCAAUUUAUGUGUAAGAAAUAUUUGUUUACUGAAAAUUCAUUUGUCACAUUUUUAUUCAAUAGUUUGCUUACUGAUUAUUUUUCCAGUGUCAAUUUUUUGGUACAUUCGUUCAUCGACUCAUACAAUUAAACUCAACAAGAAUUCAAAUUGCAUCACUUUUAUUCGUAGACAUUGUUUUA